GUGUGGCUGAGACGCAGCUCAAGUACGAGCCUCAACGACCACUUUUGACAUCACGCCUGUGGCCUACCCCAGAGGAUCCUCCACCGACACCCGUCAUUGCUAGCGACCCAGCGCCUCCCAAGAGAGUGUUAUAUUCUUCUUCCUCCCCGCGACGACAGCGUCUUCGCCGAACCUCUCGCGGCCCGACUUGGGCGUCGACUCUAUCCUCCGCCACGCAGCCUGUGACUGCAAGGCACACCACCUCGCCGCCCUGCUUCGGCGAAGAGACUCUUUGGACGCUUUCUUCGCCAGAUAUCCCUAGACCACCGCCACCAUGAAUGUCGAUGAGACCAUCACUAAUGUCCAGCGCAAGAUCAAGCGGGAGGAGGCGCUGCUCAACGCGGCCAACGCGAUGCGCCAGUCAACAAACAACCCCGCCGUGCUCUCACGCUUAGACGGACAGAUUAGAGACGGCCGGCGGAAUAUUGAAUACUUCGAGGGAACAUUGCGGGAUCUGGAGAUGCGCAGGGGCAUGGAAGGCAUGAAUCUGCAGCCAGGUGGGCCUGCAUCUUCAACAAGAAAGGCCGGAAACCCGCUGACUCCCCCCCCCAAAGAUGGCUGGAAUGGCCACGCGGGCCCAGAUCAGGGUGGCUAUGGGGACCCGCAAGGCGGAUACGGCAACCUCAGCGGCGGCCACGGACUGAUGCCGCCACGUGCCCCAUAUGCCCCCUCUGCACCCGGUGCACAGCAGCCGAAGCGCGCCAAUUACAGUAAACUGGACUUGAUCAAAUAUGAUACCCCGCACCUCGGUCCCCGCAUCCAACUUAUGCUGUCCCAGCUCGAGUUCAAGCUGAGCGUCGAGAAACAGUACAAAGAUGGAAUCGAGAAGAUGGUGCGGUUGUAUCAGCUUGAAGGCGACCGGAAGAGCAAGGCGGAUGCGGAAGCCCGGAGGAUCGAGAGUAACCAAAAGAUCCAGCUCCUGAAGCAAUCCCUGAAGAGAUACGAAGAUCUCCACGUUGAUGUGGAGGGCGGAGAUGGCGCGGAUGACGACAGCCUCAAUGUGCCUAGUCAGCGCAAACCUCUGACAGGUCAUUUAUCUCUGCGUAUUCAUGCUGUUGCCGAUGUUGACCAUGCUGCUACUGGCCGUUUUAGUAGGGGCCCGGAGACCUUUGUUAUCAUCAAAGUUGAAGAUAAUUUUAAGGGUCGUACCAAGGCCACCAGGAGCGAUCGGUGGCAGGACGAAUUGCACGAGUUCGAUAUUGAGAAAGCGAACGAAAUUGAGCUCACUGUGUACGAUAAGACGGGAGAUCAUCCUCUACCUAUUGGCAUGCUCUGGGUUCGAAUAUCAGAUAUCGCUGAGGAAAUGCGCCGCAAGAAAAUAGAAGCAGAACUUCAAAACUCCGGCUGGGUAUCUGCGGACAAGAUGGGUAACGAUUCCGGGCCCCGGCCCGACUUACAAUUCCAGCCACCCCCAGGACAGAGUUACGCCGGAGCUGGUGGACCCGGACCUGGCGGCAUGCGACCUGGGGGACCUGCAGGUGCUGGAGGUGCUGGAGGACCGCACCCUCAGACCGGGCCCACUUACAUCGACGCUUGGUUCUCUUUGGAGCCUGUGGGACGCAUCCAGCUUACUAUGGCAUUUGUUAAACAUGCAAAGAACAAGCAGCCGUUCGAUGUCGGCCUUGGGCGAAAAGGAGCCAUUCGUCAAAGAAAAGAAGAAAUCCACGAGCAAUAUGGGCACAAGUUCGUCCAGCAGCAAUUUUACAACAUCAUGCGCUGUGCUCUCUGCGGAGAGUUUCUCAAGUAUGCUGCAGGCAUGCAGUGUUCGGACUGCAAGUAUACCUGUCAUAAGAAGUGUUACCCAAAGGUGGUGACAAAAUGUAUUACGCAGUCAAAUGCAGAGACAGAUCCCGACGAAGCGAAGCUCAAUCACCGCAUUCCUCAUCGAUUCGAGAACUUUUCAAAUAUGGGCGCCAACUGGUGCUGUCACUGCGGUUACAUACUGCCUUUGGGUAGAAAGCAAAGCAAGAAGUGCAAUGAAUGUGGUCUUACCUGUCAUGCAAAUUGCGUUCAUUUUGUUCCAGACUUUUGCGGCAUGUCAAUGGAAGUUGCCAAUCAAAUCCUGAUGGAGAUUAAGCGAACGAGAAGGGGUCAGUCAGCAUCAGGAUCGACCAUGAGCCAACGAGUGCUUCGGCCUCAGCAACCACAGAAGCCAACACCUCCACCCCCAUCUCAAUCUCAGUACCCUCCCCCGGGACAAGAACAGCAGGGGCAACCAGACCGAUAUUCCUACGGCAAAGAUCAGCAAUAUGGUGGCCCGCCACGACAACCGUCGUACCCACCAUCAGCGACUUCAGUUGAUGCAGCACGUGCUUCGUACUCGACUGCGAGCUCCACCCCAACCCCAACAUCUCCAACUUCACAGAGACCCCAAUCGACUCGUCAGCAAUCUCAACCAGCACCAGUGGCUGCUGCUGCUGCUGCUAUGGGGGGAAAGACCGCUGCUCCAGGAUAUCAGCGAACGCAAUCAGACGUUUAUCCUCCGCCUGGAGCUAGGACUUCGGGUGGUGGCUAUGCCCAGGACCAGAGGAUUCCCCAGCAACAGGCCCCUCAACAAGUUGGAUACAAUCCCCAAGACUACGCAAACAUUCCUAGCUACCCUUCAUCACAUCCCCAACCUAGUCCAAUGCAGUACCAACAACAGCAGAAGAAUUCAUUCGCACUUCCGCAACCUCCACAGCAGGCUCAACCACACCAGCAUCAACCACAGCCGCCAGCGCAUCAGCCGGAGAUGCAAUCCACCCAGCAACAGUCUCAGCCAAUUUCAGCUAUGACUGAGGCUCCGAAGAAUAAGGUCACUCCCUCUGCAAAUACCCAGGGUACUGGAAGAAGGAUUGGUUUGGAUCACUUUAAUUUCCUGGCAGUUUUGGGUAAGGGUAACUUUGGUAAAGUCAUGCUGGCCGAGACCAAGAGUACGAAGCAGCUGUAUGCUAUCAAGGUGCUAAAGAAGGAGUUCAUUAUUGAGAACGACGAGGUAGAAAGCACAAGAUCGGAGAAGAGGGUGUUCUUGAUUGCCAACAAGGAGCGGCAUCCAUUCCUGCUGAGCCUACACGCUUGCUUCCAGACAGAGACAAGAGUCUACUUCGUCAUGGAAUACAUCAGCGGCGGAGAUUUGAUGUUGCAUAUCCAGCGGGGUCAAUUUGGCACGAAACGUGCUCAAUUCUACGCCGCUGAGGUCUGUCUUGCGUUGAAGUAUUUCCAUGAGAAUGGCGUCAUCUACCGAGACUUGAAGUUGGAUAACAUUCUCCUCACUCUCGACGGACAUAUUAAGAUUGGCGAUUACGGCCUGUGUAAGGAAGAGAUGUGGUAUGGAUCCACUACGAGCACAUUCUGUGGUACUCCCGAAUUCAUGGCACCUGAGAUUCUGCUUGACAAGAAGUAUGGCCGCGCAGUCGACUGGUGGGCAUUUGGUGUCCUCAUCUACCAAAUGCUCCUUCAACAAUCUCCUUUCCGUGGCGAGGAUGAAGAUGAAAUCUACGACGCGAUUCUUGCCGACGAGCCUCUUUACCCGAUCCACAUGCCUCGUGACUCGGUCUCCAUCCUCCAGAAGCUUCUCACCCGUGAGCCAGAUCUGAGGCUUGGUUCUGGACCAACAGAUGCGCAAGAGAUAAUGAGUCAUGCGUUCUUCCGGAACAUCAACUGGGACGAUGUGUACCACAAAAGGAUUCCAGCGCCGUUUAUUCCGCAAAUCACGAGCGCGACGGAUACGAGCAAUUUCGACACCGAGUUCACAAGUGUGACUCCAGUCCUAACGCCUGUCCAGUCUGUUCUUUCACAAGCCAUGCAAGAAGAAUUCCGAGGCUUCUCCUACUCAGCCGACUUCAACUAAAAACUAACAAUCAACUCAAACCGGAUUUGCUUUCAUUUCGAAUACCCUGGGUUUUUCAGCUUUCGAUUUUGGGACGACUUCUUGUGAAUGCAAUGCAUGCAAAGCAUAGGGGUAAUUCGACUGGCUGACUGCAUAUGGCAUCGACCGCUGCCCUCCCCUCCCUCUUCUUGACAAAUAGCUAGAGUUGAUGGAGGUGUUGGUGUUAGUGUUGGUGUUGGCGGCGUUGCAAAAUGAGAUCGAAUCUGUAUCGCCGUCGUUCUGA